AUGACACACAGUACUCGUAUGGCAUUCACUGGCAUGGAUUUACUCGGUCAUUACCUUUCAUAUCAAAUGUCGCCAGUGUCUAGCCCACUUAUCAGCGUUGAUCAAGUUCGAGAGUUGAUGCUCCGUUUAAAACUUCUGAAUCUGAACAUGUCUGCACAGAUCGUUGAUACAAAUUUGCAGGUACAGAACAACGUACCAGCGCUUCUCCCUAGUCCAAUCACCCAGCAAAUUGACAGUUUUGGAGUUGAGAACAGUCAGCUGCCACAGGGUGAAGGUUACAUAAGCGAGGAUCAUGACAGCAUUUCACGCAAAGUUUUUGUUGGAGGUUUGCCUCAGGACAUUAGCAAAAGCUCUCUGCUAAGAAAGUUCAGUGCUUAUGGCCGUGUACGCCUGGAUUUUCCUUCGGAACCCACGCAUCCUCCAAGAACUAGAAAAAUCGAUCGGAAGCUGAGCACUUCCGGCUAUGUUUUUCUUAUCUACGACACCGAAGCUGCCGUUUUCAAUUUGUUGAGAGAUUGUACGUUCUUUGAGGGAAACUAUUUUCUGCCAUUCCGCGAAGAUUCGCUUUGCUUGAAAUAUGCUCAAGUUCGUCCAUGGCAGCUUACGUCAAUUGCGUAUAUUCCUGACAUGAAUGCUGUCAUCGAUCCUCGCCUUACUGUAUUCAUUGGCGGUGUUCCUCGUCCUCUGACGUCUGGUGAGCUGGCCAUGCUUCUGGAGCGAAACUAUGGACCACUGCUUUAUUGCGAAAUCGACGUGGAUCCAGAGUUGUUCUAUCCUAAAGGAGCAGCAAGAGCAGUAUUUGCCUCCUAUAGCAGCUAUGUGAGAGCUAUUCAAAAUAGAUUCCUGCACAUACCUAAUGUAGAGUUCAACAAAAGGACCGUCGAAAUCAAGCCAUAUAUGAUGGACGACAUUUUGUGCGACGAGUGUUUGAAGGAAACAUCAGUGCACUUUUGUAAAUCGUGCAUGCAAUAUUACUGCGAGGCUUGCUCAACAAAGAUGGAUCACUACGUCAAUUUGCACAUUGAAGAGACAACUCAGUCUCCCAAGAGUUCUCUCGAUGGCGACUUCACCCUAACAAAUAAUCUCUUCGGGCAGAUGGCUGAGUGCUCUCGUUCCGACAUCUUCCCAACACCUUAGGAAAGUGUAUCAUAAACUUUCAAGCAUCAGGUUAUUCUAAUACGUAGAAGCCUCCUAUCAUAUUGUGAUAAACCCAACAAACAGCAUAAUUAUUCCUCGUAUCAGUCAUUAGUAGAAUUCUUCGUAUUCAGAUCAGUCGCAUUAUUAGAUUACAAGUUUUUCGGCACAUAUAUGCAGCGGAAUUUAUUCGUAUAGUUAUUUUAUAAGGUACAUCUAGACAUGGAAUUAUAGUCGAGUUUAUAAUUUCAUUACUCUCCGCAUAUUCAAAAAAUUUGAUCUUCACACCAUUUAUAGACGAGAGAUUUGUAAGGCCAUAUUUUUGUACAGAUGAUGUGUGUUCUUGUAAGUUUGUUCCUGUAAAUUUUUUGUUAGUUUGAUUCUUUAUCAAUGUCUUUUAUCAACCAGUCUGCAUAUUAGUCCCAGAAUUUAUUAGUGAUAGUUUCUAGCAACGCGACGUUGCAUUUUGAAUUUUUGAGUUAAAACAGAAUUUGUUGUAGCUCCC